CUGGUGUCCAACCUCGUCGGCCUGCCCGGCUCGGAGACCUGUCUCGAGACCAUUGCGCGACUGGGCAACCCGAGAGAGGUGAUCCUCAAGGUGCUCGAGACUCUGGAGCUGCUCGAGGCCGAGGAGAGAGAGGAUGAAGAGAACGAUGCCGAAGAGGACGGCGAGCAAACAACAAGACCAAAACCCGCAGUGUCACCAACGCACAGGUUCGUCACCCUGCUCGGCAUGCUCGCCAUCCUCCAUAAGCGCAUCAAGACAAAGUACCCGAGCCGCUUCCUCGCGCAGACCCUACAGACAGUCUUCCGCACGUACCACCCUAACCAAGAGAUGACGGCCUCCGUCCUCAACCUCGUUCACAGCUUGUCCGGCCAGCGACGGCCGCCCCUGCCCAGCCGGCAGUCCAGCGUCAACGUAGCCAACCCGGACCAAACCGGCGACGCCUCCAAGAAUGCACCUGACCCGGAGGCAGAUAGGGACGGCGGCGAGGACCCGGACGAGACCGAGCUUCAGCAGAGGCUGCUGUUGAGCUUUGCGACCUGCAUCCUAGAGGCGUAUGCCAACGGAAACGAGAUGUCCUGGGCGGCGCGGCUGCUCGAGUUUUACACUCCGGACAAGCUCGUGCCGGGAAGGCGAACGGUCAUGGCCGCAUUCAGGGAAGAGCAGGAUCUGCUCUCGAGGGACUCCAUAGUCGGGAAACUGGUGGCUCUCAUCGGCGACCUCGGUCUCGUCUCUUGCACCAAGGAUUUUGUACACCAGCUCUGCAACGAGCCCAUACACAGAAUCCCCCUGGAAGAGCCGGAUCUGUCUAGCCCAGAAAAGAUUUCUCUCUCGACGGGCGGCUGCGUUUGCUUGCUGGCCUACUGGGUCUUCUCCUCAGCCGUCUUCGGCGCCAUCCACCCGCAGCCUGAAAUGCACGUCUUUCCCGAGCACUUUGCCGUGCUCGACAAAUUCCUCCAGGACGACGCGCAUUCUCAGAUCCAGAACUCGGUAGGCACCACGGAAGCCCUUGUCGCCAUCGGCCUUUGGCUACAGUUCAACAACCGCAUCUCGGACAACCCGGCCUCCUCCCUGGCCAACCCGACCACCUCGCCAGAAGACCCCACGUCCGACUUUAUGCGCUACGUCCACCUGACCACGCUCAUCGCCCUCUACCACCCGUCCAUCCUGGUCCGCAACGCAGCGAGCGCGCUGGCCGGCUCGAUCCUGCAUGCCGACCCCGAAGACGAGGACCGCCUUCGGAUCCUCGAAGACCUGCUCGAGAACUGCAUGUUUGCGACUCUAAAGGCGAGGGCCGUCGCAUGGCUGCGGGAGGAGUUGCUGGCAGCAUCAUCCCUUCCAUCAUCAUCAUCAUCAUCAUUACCAUUCCGGAGGCAAGAAGGACAGGGACAAGAAGAACAGGAACAACCGGCCGCGUCCAGGACAGGCCUAUUUGCCACCCCGCAGGCGCUCGAGACGGUGCAGUACGCCGUCUUCCCGCCGAUGGCCUCCCUGCUCGACCUACCCACCCUCGAGCUGGUCGAGCACCUGACGGCGCACAUGCCGUUCCUCAUGCAGGCCGUCAAUUUUGCACUGUUCCUCUGGGGCGGC